AUGCCAGUUAGCGUGUUGGAGAUAGAAGAGAAGGUGGCAGGGUUGGAGGUGUGGGAGUGUAAGGGGGACAUAGAUGUUAGAAGGGAUAAGGCUGUUAGCUGCAUCGUGGAGACUGCUAGAGAAUUGUUGGGUAUUUCAAGGGGAUGGACAGAAAGAGCUGGUUGGAUGAAGUGGAGGCUCGUAUCUGGAGCGUUGUAUGAUAGGAAGGUGCCCCUUAGGCUUAAAGGCAAAUUCUAUAGAGUUGAAUUCCGUCCAACCAUGUUGUAUGGUGCGGAGUGCUGGCCUGCCAAGAACAUUCAUAUUCAAAAAUUGAAGGUGGCAAAAAUAAGAAUAUUGUGCUUGAUGUGUGGCCUUACAAGGAGGAAUAGAGUUAGGAAUAAGAUUGUUCGGAAGAAGGUGGGAGUGGCUUUGAUGGAGGACAAGAUAUGGAAAGGAAGGCUGAGAUGGUUUGGGCAUGUGAUGAGGAGGGGCGCGGAUAUCCCAGUUCACAGGUGUGAGAGGUUAGCCUUGGAUGGCUUCAGGAGGAGUAGAGGGCGGCCGAAGAAAUACUGGAUGGGAGUGAUUGGACAUAACAUGGAGCAACUUUAUCUUACCAAGGACAUUUCCCUAGAUAGGAAGGUGUGGAGCUCGCGAAUAAGGGUAGAAGGCUAA